AUGACCAAGUCUGCGACCGACAAGCUGAUGAAUGUUCUUGCCAAGUGGGUAGCGACAAACUGCCGGCCGAUAAACAUAGUGGAAGAUGAGGGGUUAACAGACGUGCUGCAAACUGCGUCCAAGGACCCAUCAUACAAACCACCGUGCAGAGCUACAUUGACAGCCAAAAUCAGCAAGAUGUACAGUGCUGAAAAGAAGGAGAAACUUGACAUUUUGGUGGAGAAUUCGCCCAACUGCAUUGCUAUAACUGGAGAUCACUGGACCUCAGUUGGCAACCACAGCUAUUUUGGGGUGACCGGUCAUUUUAUUGAUGAUGAGUGA